AUGGAAUUACGUGACAAUAAGAGGGAAUCAUCGUGUGCAAGUAGGCUAGAAACUAACCGCAUUGAUGAAACCUCCGUUUUGGAGAAUUCGAAUAGCGAUCAGGAAUGCAAACAUGAGUUUGUGUUUUUCAAAGAGGCUCCGACAGACAUUGGAGUAGAGGCUGAAGGUGAAGAAGUUGUUGAUAUUCUGAACUCGUUGGGGCACAUUAUCUGGAAGGAAACAAUGGUUCGAAAUGAAUGA